CGCGAUCGAACCGCCACCCGCCAAAGCCUUCCGCCCACGCCCUCCCAAUGUCGCCUCCGGCAACGCCUUCGCCGUCCUCAUGUCCUCACUGAAGGAGAACGACGCCUGGAAGGAGGCGACCGUCGCCGAGGAUCGCACCUUUCGCCCCACGAAGACCAAUCGUAGAAAAGCCCCUUUUUACAAGGUCCUUCAAGGGAUGCCAAUUGCGGUGGAUGCGUUCCGCUAUGGGAGCAUACCGGGUGUGAAGGCGUACUUUUUGACGCACGCCCACUCCGACCAUUACACCAACCUCUCCUCAUCCUGGGACAGCGGGCCCAUAUACUGCUCCGAGGUCACUUGCAACCUCAUCGCCCACAUGCUGCGUGUCGACAAGAAGUGGCUGCAUCCUCUUCCCCUUGACACGCCUACCGAGAUUCCCGACACCGGGGGCGUGAAGGUGACCUUGAUCGAGGCGAACCACUGCCCGGGGUCCUCCCUCUUCUUCUUCGAGGGCCGGCAGACGGUCAACGCAGGCGACAGCGCAUUCAAGUCGCCGUUUGUGGGCACGGGCAGGGUGUUUAGGUAUCUGCAUUGCGGGGAUUUCCGGGCGUCGCCGCGUCAUGUAGAGCAUCCGUGCGUGAAGGGGAAGAAGAUCGACCAUGUCUAUCUGGAUACGACGUAUCUGGAUCCGAAGUAUACGUUCCCGCCUCAGCCGCAGGUCAUCGAUGCGUGCGCGGAGCUGGCGAGGCGGAUUGUUAAUGGGCUGCCUACUGGGACAGAGACGACAAUGAUCGAUGGUUGGGUCAGCACGAAGGAGAAGGCGGCCUCGAGCUCUGACCGUAUACUUGUUUUGGUCGGUACGUAUUCCAUCGGCAAGGAGCGAAUUGCGAAGGGUACGUCGCCUCGUUUCACAGCUGUCCCAUCUUACAGCUCUGCCAUCUUGCUUACACCCUACUUAGCAAUCGCACACGCGCUGAAUAGCAAGAUCUACUGCGACAACAGGAAGGCGGCCAUCUUGCGAUGCGAGCAGGAUAAGGAGCUCGAUGCACUGCUGACCUCCAACCCGAGGGAGGCCGCUGUACAUCUGGUGCCCCUCGGUGUGAUCACGUCCGACAAGCUCAAGCCGUACUACGAGCGGUAUAAGGACACGUUCAGCAGGGCGGUGGGUUUUCGGCCUACAGGAUGGACCUUCACCCAACCCGCCGGCACCGACCUCUCCCCACCCAUCCCCACCAUCAUCGCCCGCGGCCAGUCCAGGACCUAUGCCUACACCGACCUGCGCCCCACGCGCAACUCCACGCCGCUGCUCCAGCUCUACGGCGUGCCGUACUCCGAGCACUCGUCGUUCUUCGAGCUGACGUGCUUUGCGCUGAGCUUUGAUUGGGUGAGGAUGAUCGCGACGGUGAAUGUGGGGAGCGAGCAUUCCAGGGGGAAGAUGGCGAAGUGGGUGCAGAGGUGGGAGGCGGAGAGGAAGAAGAGGGGGAAGGUGGAGGUGGUGGGGGCGAGGAGGGAGGAUUAUUGGUGACGAGGUUACCGGAGAGGAUUUGGGACUGAUGAGGCGCGAGUUCGUAUGAUGAUGACCUUGAGAGUCUCUCAAGAAACAUAUCUUACAGUAGUUACAUACAGGCAAUCUGAUACAAUAAUACUGUACAAUACGAACCACUUCUUGAAUCACGUAGUCCUACGGCGGCAUACCUCUGUCCGGGAUGUUAACCUGAAUGAAGGUACACUUCCGGUAGUGUCGCGAAAUCUCCCUCUGCAACUCGUCUCGCCGGAUAGACUGGACGAUGCCUUGACCGCAUGCGUAACAGAAGUGCCUGUGGG